AUGGACGUACAGGGGAUUGUUCAGGGUUGUGCGGAGAUCACUUUGGAGGAGGAGGAAGCGAGGGUCCGAUUCGGGGAGGAGGAUGGAUCGGAGAUCGCGGAGGGAAUGGCGGUACAGUACUGGCAGAUGGUUGGACGAUUUCUAACUGAUAGAACGAUUAAGUUCGAUGUGAUGAGGCAGGUAAUGGCGUCUGUUUGGAGGCCGUUAAUGGGGAUACAAGUCGCUGAGAUUCAACCGAAUCUAUAUUUAUUCACGUUUUAUCACGAUACUGAUCUUGCGUAUGUGUUGGACAAUGGCCCUUGGGCGUUUGAGAAUGCUACUUUGAUCUGUCAACCGCUUCGUUCAGGUGAACAUCCUACCCAAGUGUUGCUCAAUACGAUUAAUUUUUGGGUACAGGCGCACGACUUGCCAGUCGGGUAUCGUACGGAAAAGGUUUUGGAGAAAGUAGGGGACUUUCUUGGACUGUUUGUGGAGUUGGAUGAGAGGAAUUUUGUUAGACCUUGGACGAAAUUCUAUAGGGUCAAGGUUACGGUGGAGGUUUCGGCUCCGCUGAAGAGACAGGCCUGUGUGUCUGGUUUGAAACCGGCUCAGUAUCCGUUUGGACCAAGCUUGAAGGCUAGGGGUAAUGCCCCAGCAAAAGCAGUGGGGGAGAGUUGGUUACAGAAAGGGGAGAUGAUGCACCGUGGUUUGGGCUUUGGUCCGCCCUUCUCAAUGAGUAUUCUAAGUUGGAACUGUCGUGGCUUGGCCAAUCCAAAGACAGGUCGAGAGAUUAUGGACCUGGUGUCCAAGAAGAAGCCUGAAUUUGUGCAUCUCAUGGAAACGAUGGUAGAUAGAAGUCAUGUUGAGAGGCUCCGUGUAAAACUUGGAUUUGAGGGUGGUUUUGGUGUGGAUAGUAUGAGACGGAAGGGUGGCAUGGGUUUUCUCUGGGCGAAGAAUAAUAGUGCUCGUUUGAUGAAGUAUUCUCAUAAUCAUAUCGAUCUGGUGGUGUCUCUUCCAAACAGGCAUCACUGGCGAUUGACUUGCUAUUAUGGUUUUGCUCAGAGUUCAAGAAGAAGGGAGGCUUGGGAUUUCUUAAAGUUACUCAAGGACGAAUCUGGUCUACCUUGGGUGGUUUUGGGGGAUUUCGAUGACUUGUUGACACAAGCAGAGAAGAGGGGGAGACGCCUGCAUCCCGAACGGUGGCUGGAGGGAUUCGGGGAUGCUUUGGAGGACUGUGGUUUGUCUACUUUACCCAUGUUGGGUUAUCCUUAUACUUGGGAAUGGGGUAAGGGGACACCGGAUUGGGUGGAGGAAAGACUGGAUAGGGCGGUGGCGGAUGCAGCCUGGAGGGGUUUACAUGAAAGGUUGAGGUUGUGCGGCCGGGGGCUCAAGAAGUGGGGGGGAGAACAUUUUCAUAAAUAUGGGUCCAGGAUUGAGGCGAUUAAAAGGGAGAUGAAUAGCUUAAGCGGCCAGAUGGAUCUGAUUUCCUUGGGGCGUUUCAGGCAGCUUGAUGGACAACUGAGUACUGUCUUGCUGCAGGAGGAGUCAUUUUGGAAACAAAGGGCGAAGCAGCAUUGGCUGCAAGGAGCGGAUCGGAACACAAAGUUCUAUAACCAGUAUGCUACGCACCAUAAACGUAAGAACUCCAUUUUGAGGCUUAAUGAUGGGAAUGGAGAAUGGAAGGAGGGUGAUGGGCUUGUCUCUCUGGUAGAUACUUUAACCCCCCGUGUCUCUCGUGCUCAGAAUGAUGAUCUAUUACGGCCCUUCGAGCCUGCGGAGGUUAAGGAUGCUCUAUUUGCCAUGGGUAAAGAUAAAUCGCCAGGACCGGAUGGAAUGAAUCCGGGGUUCUAUCAGGCUUUCUGGGAUCUCAUUGGUAAGGACUUUACUAAUUUUGUUCUUGCUUGUUUAUCUCAAUCUUCCUUUCCCCCUGAAUUGAAUGAUGCCAAUAUGGUUCUAAUCCCGAAAAAGGCUGCCCCUGAGUUGGUUACUGAUCUGAGGCCUAUUGCUUUAUGCAAUGUAGUGUAUAAGGUAAUGGCUAAGAUGAUAGCUAAUCGUAUGAAACCGCUGUUGGAUGGUAUUGUCUCAGAAUCGCAGAGUGCCUUUCUUCCAGGUAGGCUUAUUUCGGAUAACAUUCUUAUUGCAUCUGAAGUAGGUCACUAUCUGAGAAGGAAACAGUUGGGCCAGGUGGGAUGGGCAGCCCUAAAGUUAGAUAUGGCCAAAGCUUAUGACCGAAUGGAAUGGAGGUUUGUGAAGCGUAUGUUGUUGGGCCUUGGUUUUGAUGCAAGGUGGGUUGAUUUAAUUAUGUUAUGUGUGCGGACAGUCAGGUACAGGGUCCUAGUCAAUGGGAGGCCAAGUGAGGAGAUUUUUCCCACAAUGGGUCUAAGGCAGGGUGAUCCCUUAUCACCGUAUCUUUUUAUCAUUUGUGCAGAGGGCUUGUCUUUAUUAUUGCAGGAUGCCCAGACUAAAGGACGGAUCCAUGGCUGUAGGGUGGCUCGUGGGGCCCCGCCCAUCUCUCAUCUCUUCUUUGCUGACGGUAGCCUACUAUUCUUUAAGGCUAACAUGCAGGAGACUACGGAGGUGAAACGUUGUUUGGAAGUAUAUGAGCAAUUCUCCGGGCAAUCUGUCAAUUAUCAUAAGUCUAACAUCUGUUUUAAUCGUAAUACUGCUUUGUUAGACAGGGAUGCCAUUGCCAUGGGACUGGGGGUGGAGCAGGCGGAGGAUUUUGGCAAAUAUUUGGGACUCCCCUCAGUUGUUUAUAGGAACAGAAAAGUUGUUUUUUCCUAUGUGGAACAGAAACUGAGGCAAAGAUUUGGCUCGUGGAAUAAUAGGCUGCUUUCUAUGGCAGGUAAAGAGGUACUACUUAAGAGCGUGGCACAAGCAAUGCCUACGUAUACUAUGAGUAUUUUUUUGUUGCCUGUAUCUUUAUGUGCUUCUCUGGAAAGAUUGAUGAACAGGGAAGCAGGGUUGGCGGCUCUUAACCAAAACGGAUUCCUUAAUGCCCGAAUUUUUAAGGCAAGAUAUUAUAGAGAUACUACCUUUUAUGAGGCAUCCUUGGGUGGUAAUCCGAGUUAUGUAUGGAGGAGCAUUAUGGCGAGUCAGAGCCUGAUCCGUAGUGGCUGCAGGCGUAGAAUUGGAGAUGGUAGAACUUCCAGGCUAUGGUCUCACCCGUGGCUGCCUGACCCUCAGAAUCCUUUUGUGUUAACUGAUCAUGUUGCCCAACAUACGGAGCUUUUGGUAUCUGACUUAUUAGAUCAUGAUCAAGGAAAAUGGAACCACGAGCUAGUUACCCAAUUGUUUGAUCCCAGGGAUGUUGAAUUAAUAUUCCAAAUCCCUGUGAGUGUCAAUUUCAAAGAUGACUGGUUUUGGAAGGGGGAUAUUAGAGGACAAUAUACGGUAAAAGAUGGCUAUAGAUGCCAAGGGGAGUUGAGCAUCACCCCGGACGCAGUUUGGAACAACAUUUGGAAGCUUAGGGUCCCUCCCAAGUGGAGGAUUUUUCUAUGGAAGGCCCUAUCUAAUAUUUUGCCAACUAUUACCAACUUGGUUAGGAAGAGAGUAGAAAUUCCUAAUAUUUGCCCAGCUUGUGGAGAUUAUGAGGAGGAUAUUAUGCAUAUUUUAUGCACUUGUAUUUAUGCUAGACGUGUGUGGAAUGUUUCACGUCUUCUAAUCCCUAAUGUUGAUGGCUAUGAUUUUGUGCAGGAAGUUCAGCAACAUCUGCUGGGUUUCUAA